CGAGACUUUAUUUAGUUUGGUUGAAACAAACUUAUGAUCAUAUGUUGGUAGUAUACGCGAAUUACCGCCACAGUUGUUAUGUUUCGGCAAUGAAUACGGUUUUAUAUUUUUAACUAAAAAUUGUGACGAAGUGCAUUGAGAUAAAAAGCUAAUCAUAUAAAUGAACAUGGAUUCCAAUAUUGAUAUGGAAUUAGCAACUAGUCAAACUCAAAAGGAUUCAUCUACAGAAAAUGAAUCUGCUGAAAAAACAAGUGAAAAUAUUACCGCAAGUGAAGAACAGAAAUUAUUAAUGUCAAAAGAAGAUGAAAAAGUUAUCGAUGCAAGUGAAAGUAAUGAUAAAAUAAACAUAGAUAAUGAAAUAAAAGAAAAACUAUCUGAUGAAAAUGUGAAAAGUGAUGAAGUAGUAAGUAAUGAAGAAUUAUCAAGUACUACAUGUGAAGAGAAUAUAUCUGAAGAAGAUAACACAAGAGUGAAGGAGUUAUCUUUACUAGAAAAUAAUACAAAUGUUACAAUUAAGGAAUGUAAUAAUAUACAUUCAUUAACUUUACAUGAAAAUGUAGCAGAGAAUGUUUUACAAGAUAAAUGUUCAGCAGAAUUAACAAUAUCCAACACUACUGAUAAAAAUGAUAUAGAUAAAUUACCAGAUAAUACCAACGUAGUAGAAUGUACAGAAUCUCAAAAAUGUUUAGAAGAUAUAUCAAAUGAAAUAGAAAAUGUGGAACGCGCAAAUAUCAAUGAUUCCUCCGGUUUGACCUUAACAGAAAAAGAAUUUGUUGAAAAUGUCUUAGAAGAUAUUCAAGUAAAUAUAUCUUCAGUUAAUGAAAAAAAUGAUUCAGAUAAUAAGAGUAAUUCAAAGGAAAUAUCAGAAGGUAGCAAUGCAAAUAUAACAGAGAAAAACAUUGUAGAACCAGAAAAUACCGAAUUUGUGCAAUUUUCUCAAGAAAAGCAUGGAGAUAUACAGAUUGAAAAUCAGUCUAUAGAUGCUGAAGAUCCUUUUGGGGGAGAUAGCCUCAUAACAGAAAAUAUUGAAUCUCUGGAUACUGAUGAUCUUAGUGAAGCUAAUAUAGGUUUCUCCAAAUUGUGCAAUCAAGCUGAUAAUUUGCAAAGUAGUUUUAAUAUUGAUAAAAAGGAUAACAAUGAAGGAAAUAAAGACAGUUCUAUUGAUAUUCUGCAUUCUCCAAAUGCUAUACUAGAUUCGCAGGAUACUAAUAAAGAUAGUAAUGAAAAUUCAGUUCAACCAAAACAGAAUGAAAAUUUAAAUACAGACAUUGGAGAUUCAACAGAAAAAUCUGAUGAUCAAACAAAGAAAUCUGUCGAUGAGAUAGCACCAAUGGAUGAACAAUCUAAUGUUCUACCAGGACAAGAUGAUGAGUUAUGUAUUAUUCCAGAUAGUAUGAAAGUCAUAAUUCCUGAGCAAGCAGAAAAAUCAAACUCUAAUAAUGAAGAAUCAAUGCAUGAAGAUAACAAUGAGCAAAAUGAAAUUAAACAAACAUGUGAAAACAAUGAACCAAAUGAUGAUGGAAACAAGGAUUUGCAUCAAGAUGCAGAGGAAUCAAAUGCUGUAAACGAAUCUAUUGUAACGCAUGCUAAAGGAACCAGAGCAGAGACAGAUUCAAUUAAUAAAGAUACAGAUAUCACAGCAGAUGUUAUUAAUAUCGACGAAGAGUCAAAAAAUUCUGAAAUUGAAGAAAUCACGGCCAAAGAAAUUUGUAAACAAUGUAAUGAAGAAAGAUCAUGUAAAAUUAAAGUAAAAAUUGGGUUUGAUACUUAUAACGUAUGUUCAAAAACCUGUAAAGCAUUAUUCAAAGUUGCUAAUAAUAAAGCAAUGGAUAUACCCAGUGAUGGAGUUAAUUCCAAAAGAGAAAAACGUUGUGCAAACUGUUUGUUAAUUGUUGAACAUAAUGAUGAACGUAAUCUUUCUUGGGAAACAAUGGAAUUCUGUAAUGAAGAAUGUCUAGGUAAAUUCCAAACAAAAUAUGGAAGUUACUGCAGAAAUUGUAAUGGUUCAGUACAGGCUGUAAGUUUAGGAAAAUACUGUGUACGAUUUGGUUAUGAUGUUAGACAAUUCUGUUGUUCCACAUGUUUAGAGGAAUUUAAGAAAGGUCUAAAAGUAUGCAGUUAUUGUCAAAAAGAUAUAAGCUCUAGUACAGAAGGUUUUCUUGCGCCAGUUGGCGAAAAAGGGCAAUUUAAGGAUUUUUGUACUCAAGAAUGUAUGGAAAAAUAUUCAAAAAUGAGUUCUGUUGAACCUCCAAAUAUGGAAAAGAAAUGCUGCAGCGUUUGUCAAGAAGAAAAAAUUGUUCAUUGUGAAGUUCAAAUAGACAGGUCUGAUCCAGUAGCUAUAUGCAGUGAGCCAUGUUUUGCAGCAUUUAAAUUUGUAAAAAAAGUUGAUCCUGAACAGUGCUCUACUUGCAAAAAAUUUUUUGAAUUACCUAACAAAAAAAGUUCUGUUGUAUUUUAUGAGAAUGAAGCUCAUACGUUUUGUUCUAAAACUUGUUUAAAUAUAUUUAUUAUUACCAAUAGAAAAAUUGUUCCUUGCAAUUGGUGCAAAGUAAAAAAAUAUAAUUUUGACAUGAUCAAAAAAGAACUAAAAACUGGUCAAGUAAUGAUGAUGUGCAGCUUAAAUUGCCUAACAUUGUAUCAGGUUUCCAUCAACGCAGUUUCAGCAAAACGAAUAAACUGUGACUUCUGUAAAGAAUUUUCUCAAGCACAAUAUCAUUUAACGAUGUCAGAUGCAACAAUACGAAAUUUUUGUUCAUACCACUGUGUAAUGAAUUUUCAAGCUCAGUAUACUAAAUCUCCGAUUACGAUACCAACAGGUGAUGACCCUGUACCUACCGGUAUGCCUAAAAGGACAUUACCUCAAAGGAGCAUAAAUUCCAAUAAUCAAAAAGCUAAUGAUAUACAAAAUAAAAAAAAUAUGCCUGUAAUUUCUUCUGUGACAAGUUUAGCCACAAUUGGAAAUGGUCAAUCCAGUCCGACAACUCAACAAAACAGUGUAAAUAAUAUGUUAGUACCUUCAGUUGCUAUUAGCCAAAAUCAAACGCCUCAAGUAAUUUAUAAGCAGCAUAUUAUAACGAGACCACCGAGUCCAGUUCAAAUUCACAAUAAAAUAACUCAAUGUAAGCCCGUGAUGCACACAAAAGGAGUUUCAGUACGUCCACACCCUUAUACAAAAGCUACACAGACGGAUGGAAUUCAGCAAGCAGUUGUACCGAUUCCAGUUCCAAUUUAUGUUCCAUUUCCAGUACAUAUGUAUACUAUGCCUUUUCCAGUUCCAUUACCUUUUCCAUUGCCAAUUCCUGUUCCUAUUUUUAUACCAACAACAAGAAAUAGUGCUAAGGGAAUAUUUAAAGAAAUCAAAAGAAUACAAGAAAAAAUACCAGCAGAUCCUUUUGAAGCUGAACUUCUUAUGAUGGCAGAAAUGGUUGCAACAGAAAAAAAAACCAAUGAGACUGAUUCAGAUUCUACAGAUGAUAGAGACGAAGAUGCCGCUGAUCGUGAUCAUUCGCAUAGUGGAGGUUUCAGUCCAGAAGGUGUCGAUUCUAGUAAUACAUUUGGUGACGAUAUGUUACAAAUGGCCUUGAAAAUGGCCACUGGAGAAUUAGAUGAGCCAGCUGUUGAUUUAGAAGCUGCUUUAACUCCAAAUACUAUUACUGCUACGCAAGCACCAGCACAAUCUGAUACAGCUAUUGAAAAUGAUGUUCAAUCAGAACGGCUCAUUGUUCCUUCUCGGGGAAGAAAACGAAUGGCUCCAUAUAAACCACGAUCUACACCAAAUAAACGAGGAAGGCGCGUGUCUGGUGCUAACGAUAUGCCUUUGAUGCCACCUCCUGAACCCCAACCUCCGCCUCAACCUAGAAUAAUAGAACCCAUAGAAAAACCAGAUGCCAAUAUGGCACUCAAAUAUACUUUUGGAGUAAAUGCGUGGAGACAAUGGGUAAUUGCAAAAAAUGCUGAAUUAGAAAAACAAAGUACACCUAUGAGAAAAAUGAAAUUAUUUAAGACGGAUCUUUUGCAACUCACAGCCGAUGAAUUGAAUUAUUCAUUAUGCCUUUUUGUGAAAGAAGUACGAAAGCCAAAUGGAACAGAAUAUGCUCCUGACACGAUAUAUUAUCUCUGCUUAGGAAUUCAACAGUAUUUGUUUGAAAAUAACAGAAUAGACAAUAUUUUCACAGAUACAUAUUAUGAAAGAUUUACAGAUUGUUUAAAUGAAGUUGCAAAAAAAUUUUCCGUUCUUUAUAAUGACACACAAUACAUUGUAACAAGGGUUGAGGAAGAACAUUUAUGGGAAUGUAAACAAUUAGGUGCUCAUUCUCCUCAUGUACUUUUAAGUACUUUAAUGUUCUUUAACACUAAACAUUUUAAUCUUGUAACAGUAGAAGAGCAUAUGCAAUUAUCAUUUUCACACAUCAUGAAACAUUGGAAACGUAAUCCAGCUACCCAACCUGCUGCAGGAGCAGGAAAAGUUCCAGGUUCUAGGAACGUUCUUCUUCGUUUUUAUCCGCCACAAUCAGCAUUGGGCAAUUCACGUAAAAAAAAAGUAUAUGAACAACAGGAAAAUGAAGAAAAUCCAUUAAGGUGUCCAGUCAAAUUAUACGAGUUUUACUUGUCUAAAUGUCCAGAGAGCGUUAAAACUCGGAACGAUGUGUUCUAUUUAUUGCCAGAAAGAAGUUGUGUACCGGACAGCCCAGUAUGGUAUUCAACAUCUCCUUUGGCUAAGGAACAUCUCAUAAAAAUGUUAUAUCGCAUUAAAAUGGUUAAAGAAAUUAAUGUGGCAUUAUUAACUAGCUAAUUUCAUGUUUGCAUAUUUAUCUUUCCCCAGUUAAUUCGAAUAUCAUGAUAUGCAAAAAAUAAUUGUUCCCUUAUACAUGAGAAUGUUCAAAAAAUGAAAUGAUGUGUAAUUUUUAGUGUCAUUGAAAUUUUAUAAUUUCUAUUGUAUAUUUUUCACUUCCUAAUAAAACAAAAUGUAUUAUUAAUGAAAUCUUUUAGAAUCUUAGUAUAAAACAUAUCCAAACGAAAUUGCUAUUACAACAAAUAUAUAUUUAUAAAUUAUAUAUGUAUAUCUAUAUUUUUACAAAUAAUUAGA